AUGUUCACAUCCAAGGAGAGUGCUCGUAAGUUCCUCGGAUUAUACAAGAAUGAAAUCCGCCGGCGUAUAAGCAAAACGACAAGUGUUACUAAUUCGGACGCUAUGUCGCCGAGGCUGGACCAGACGACGAUUCAUGCACAGCAGAAUGAAGAUACAGGUCUUCCAAACAGACUGCUCAAGUUGCAAAAGUAUCACAGAUACCUGUCGACUCUCACGUCUCAGCAAAUGCCACUAGCUGCCCGCGGACUGGCUGUAUCUAAGGACCAGUCCCGGGAAUUCAUGGCUUGCUUCCCGGACAUCGUGAGGGACCUCACGGAAACUGACAAGCAUCUUGACGUGCCCGAAGCCAGCAAGUGGUUGGCCAAGCUUCUACAAUACAAUGUACCAAAUGGAAAGAAGAACCGUGGUCUCGCGACUGUUUUAGCCUAUAAAAUGGUGGAAAAGAAAGAAAAUUUAACGCCGGAAAACAUUCAUUUGGCGAACAUCAUGGGCUGGUGUACAGAAAUGUUCCACACCCUCCAGCUACUAUCUGGUGAUGUGAUGGAAAGAAGGGAAAUGAGGAGAGGAGUCCCUUGUUGGCACAAACGCCCUGAUGUCGGGCUAAGCGGUGUGAAUGAUGCCAGUAUGAUCCAAGCAGCCAUGUAUUCCACUCUGAAACGACACUUCUCGUCGAAGCCAUACUAUAAGAAUGUAUUGGAAAUGUUUAAUGAGAUGCUUCUAAAAUGUUCAAUUGGUCGCUUCUUAGAAAAACAAUUGUUGAGGACGGAUAGGCCGGACCUAUCUCUCUUUACAAUGGAAAAAUACGAAGCCAUAACAAAAUACAAGACUUCGUACUACACAUUCCAAAUGCCAGUUGGUUUGGCGUUAUUGAUGUCGGGAGUAGACGACCCGGAGACACAUAGACAGGCGAAGACUAUUUUACUAGAAAUGGGGGAAUUUUUCCAAAUUCAAGACGAUUUCCUAGACUGCUUCGGAGAUCCAGCUGUAAUGGGCAGGAAUGGAUCAGACAUCCAAGAAGGCAAAUGCACAUGGCUAGCAGUUGUCGCGCUACAAAGGGCAUCUCCAGAACAAAAGGAACUCAUGGAAAACUACUACGGCAGUUGUAAACCAGAGGACGUGAACAGAAUCAAAGAUCUGUAUGAAGAGUUGCAACUACCGCACACAUAUUCCGUUUACGAAGAAGCCACUUAUGAUCUCAUUAGAACACAAAUCCAACAAGUCACGAGGGGCCUUCCCCAUGAUUUGUUCUUCAAAAUUCUCGACAAUAUCUUUAGGCAACGUGUGUAA